ACAGCUACAACUUACACAUACAAGUACUCUUUCCAUUUCAUUCUGAGAAGAAGACAAACCUCUCUCUUUGGUUUUCCUCAUAUCACAGAUCUCUCUCUCAUUCGGCUUUUAUUGUUUCAGAGACACACCGCUCUCAAAUGCCUCUUCCUCACAAACACAAAAAUCAAACUCCAACACUAUAAAAAAGUUUCAACACAAACACACAUAUAUAUAUAAAAAAAGUAGAUGAAGUGUAAGAGGCAUCUCUCUGACCUGAGUAGCACAGUCGGCGUGUGCGCCUCCUGUCUCCGCGACCGUCUCUUCGCUCUCAUAGCCGCCCAGGCCCAGGUCCAGGCCCGGGCCCAGUCGGAAGCCCAAACCCAAGCUCAGUCCCGCGAUGACCCGAGAAAAUCUGACCCGAAUAUAAAACCGCCACCGUUGGUGUUCCCUCGCUCUGUCUCUCCUUACGUUUCUCGCCGCAAAUCAGACGAGGCCACGUGGCAGCAACGGCAGCACCAGAAUAGUUAUCAGGAUCGUCGGUUCUAUAGUACUCCUCAGGUCGGGCCUGCCACGUCAUCAACCGCCCCCGCCAGCGCCCCGACCAGCUUCACCGGCGGUAGGUCGUAUGGGAAGAAGAACGGUAGGUUCUCGUUGCUUACGAAUCUGUUCAGGUCCAGAUCCGAGAAAUUGGAAUCGGAUCCUAGGGUUUCGACUCGCGAGCCCUCGGCUGCUACUACUGCGACUACUGCUGCUUCUACGAGUUCGUCUUCUCCGUCUUGGUUCACCGCGAUCUUCGCCGGCCGCAUGAAGAAGAAAUCGCGGCUUUUCGUUUACGACGAGUCCACCGUGGAGAGAAAGCCUCGUCCGCGGGCUGAUCGGGGAAUGUCGCCGGCGAGAACGGGAGAUUCCGACGAGGACUGCGAGCGUUCGCCGCCGGUGAGCGGUUACUCCACGGAGACGUGGAGGUCGCCGGCGUUUCAGGUGCGUCGGACACGGCACGGGCACAGCCACAACGUGUCCGGGAUUGCAUUUUGCCUGAGCCCGCUCGUGAGGGCAAGCCCGAACCGGCACUGGAGCCAGAAAGGUAUGCCGCCGGACAUCGCCAUCUCCGGCGAGGUCAGAGCUACGGGGAAGUUUUGCAAGAACCGGUCGCGGAAGCUUGUGGAUUUCGGAAGAGUCAAUCACAACCGUUGAUUUGUUUGACCGCUGACAUUAAGCUCGGUAACCGUUGAUGAAUGUCUCUGUGAAAGUACGGUUUUGCCCCUAUCCCAUUACAUUUUCUUUAUGUAAUUUUUUUUUUUUUUUUGGUGGGUAUGGUAAAAAUAGUUUAAAUUAUAUAGAGAGAGAAACAUGGGGUGGGUAUUUUGUGUGUUAUCUUUUAUACCAGAGUGUUGAUUACUACAGAAAAAUUAUUUUUUAAUGUGAAUAUGGAUUCUGAUUUUUGACUAUUCAAUUUGAGUGGAGCUUUUGACA